GGGGCGGGGCGUCUGCGUCGUAGUCGGCGGCGGCGGCCGGGGAGGGUCAGUUGGAGGCAGGCGCUCGCCGAGGCAGGAGGAGGGCUCUGGCCCGCGGCCUGACAGGACUUCGCCCGCGCGCGACCCGCACCCACCCGCUCGUCACCCACCCACCCCUGCGCCGCCUCCUGCCACCCUGAGCAGAGCCGCCGAGGAUGAUAAACACCCAGGACAGUAGCAUUUUGCCUUUGAGUAACCGUCCCCAGCUCCAGUGCUGCAGGCACACCGUUCCAGGGCCUCUGUGGUGCUCCUGAUGCCCCCCACCCACUGUCGAAGAUCCCCGGUGGGCGAGGGGGCGGCAGGGAUCCUUCUCUCUCAGCUCUAAUACACAAGGACGAGAAGCUCACUGUGACCCAGGACCUCCCUGGGAACGAGGGGAGGCCCCACGUCGUCCACUUCCAGUAUGAGGUUACCGAGGUGAAGGUCUCUUCCUGGGACGCCGUCCUGUCCAGCCAGAGCCUGUUCGUAGAGAUCCCGGAUGGAUUAUUAGCUGAUGGGAGCAAAGAAGGAUUGUUAGCACUGCUGGAGUUCGCUGAGGAGAAGAUGAAAGUGAACUAUGUCUUCAUCUGCUUCAGGAAGGGCCGGGAAGACAGAGCCCCGCUCCUGAAGACCUUCAGCUUCCUGGGCUUUGAGAUCGUGCGUCCAGGCCACCCCUGCGUCCCCUCGCGGCCAGAUGUGAUGUUCAUGGUUUACCCCCUGGACCAGAGCUUGUCAGACGAGGACUAGCGGCCAGACGAUGCUCUGUCCCAGAGCCACAGUGGGGGGCACGGGGAGUUGGGCAGCCCACAGCCGGAGGAGGAGAGGGCUCGGCCUUCGCCGCUGGAAAGGUGGCGGGGCACAGGGCAAGGGCUGCCUGUUGUGUUCUCGGAGCUGACUCGACUUUGUUUUCCAUAAAGAGCAGUAUAAACAUAUUAUUCACAUGUAAUCACCAUAGUAAACGAAGAUGUUUAU